AUGUCGAUAUCUGACGGCAACUACGCUCGGGGUGACCUCCUCAACGGCUGCAAAGCCCUUAUCCCAGGCCUUGAAAACGCCUACGGAUACGUCCCCAGUAUCGCAGCCGGUAUUGUCUUUGAUCUUAUCUUUGCUGGCACUGGCAUCUACCACAUUGUUCGCUCGUUCCAGAAGCGCAAAGCCACGUCGUACCUCCUGGCCAUCGCGUCCUAUGUUGAGCUUGUGGGAUGGAUUGGUCGCACAUGGUCCAACAAAUGUCCCUACAACAAGAUUGCCUUCCUUCUACAAAUCACAACCCUCGUCGUCGGUCCGAUCUUUGUCGCUGCUGCUAUCUACGUCACUCUCGGUUAUCUCAUCAGAUCCAUCGGUCCUCAGUACUCUGUCAUUCGUCCUAAGCUCUACCUCUGGAUCUUCCUCGUCGUCGAUGUCGUUGCGCUCCUCAUCCAGGCUGGUGGUGGUGGUCUCGCUGCGGGCGCGGCUAACAAGGGCAAAGACACCCAGCCGGGUACCAGGUUGAUGGUUGCUGGUAUCAUCUUCCAGCUCGUCUUCAUGACCAUCUUCUGUAGUCUCUUCGCCGUCUUCAUCAUACGAACUCGAGGUCUUACGCUCCAAAAGGGCCAGCGUCUUUGCAUCUACUCCACCAUCAUCUCCGUCGUCUUCGUCUACAUCCGAUGUGUCUACCGAACGGUCGAGCUUCUACAAGGUUGGGAGGGACACUUGCUCAAGACUGAGGGAUACUUUAUCGGUCUUGAUGGUGUUUGCAUUGCCGUUGCCAUCUUGGUCUUUUGCAUCUUUGACCCGGCCAUUCUUCUAGACUACCAGGAGCCCAUCACUGCUGAGCAGUCCUUCAACGAGCUCAACACCAUGUCUACAAAGUGA